AUGCCUCUUCCUUCCACCUCGAACAUAGCAAAAAUGUGGGUUCCAGUCAUCCCAGUUUCUGGAUGGCCAGUUAUCCAAUUUAUAUCUCUUUUCUUUGUUCAACCUAACAUAUGGGUUGAAUGUUGGAUGAAUUCUAAUUCCAUUUAUCAUAUUUUCUUGAUAUUCGCGCCUUGGUGUGCCUGGGCAUUCUGA